CGCACCUGUUGUUAGAGUAAUUAACUAAGUCAUCGUUUGUACGUAUUUGCGUAAUCUGUGUCAGUCUCCUCAAUCCCCGACUGUUCUUGAUGCUUUUGUCGUACUCGUAGUUCUUGGUGUUGUACUUUCCAGUCAAACCUUCACAGUAGUGCCCCGCUAACUCGAUUUCGGUUCACUCAACCCCUGCUAACUCGAACAAGAUCCGAUUUCCCCCUGGAUUUGACCCUGUUUUAUCAGUCAGUCAGUUAAAGCAGCUAAUUCAAACUCGGCUGACACAAACUUCACGUUAACUUUAACUCAUUUUACUUUCCCUUGGCUCAAAGUUACUCUGAUAACUCGAACUUUCACCAAAUACCUUGGUCGAUAAACGUCAAAGUGUCAGAACAUAUUUUAUUGACAUGCCCCAAUCUCUAAUCGCGAUUGAUGCGAACGUGAUAACAUUAAUAAAACCGUAAUACAUUUCGCUAGACUUCCCAAAUGAUUAACAGGUUAAUCAAAAUUAAACACCAAUCCCGAUAACUCGAGUCCCCGCUAACUCCAACCAUUUUUGGUUUCCCAUAGGAGUUGGAGUUAGCGGAGUUCUGCUGAAGGUAUUAGACUCCCCCUCAACUGAUGUGAAUUUUCAACAAACUAAAUAAGGGGGAAAUUAAGGGGAAAAAGGGAGGUACCCCCUACAAACUUCUACUUACAAUCUAGCUGAUGUCACCAUUGUUUUCAAAUUAAUUGAAGUCUGAAUCUAAGAUGGGUAUAAAAAUUUCUUUAGAGGAAAGCGACUGAGCAUAAUUUUUCAUCUGUUCACUGCAGUGUUACUGAAGACUGUUGGGAAUUGUAGCCAGCGAUUAACGAAGUGAAGUUGUCACCUGCACAACCUGCUGCCAUUGUUUGCUCAGACGUUUCGAGGCAAGAGGAAUUAAUUUUCUUUCAUUUUUCAUUUUAAACGCCUUAGAACGGUUCAAUAGAUCGAAGUGAAAAUGAAAUAGGAAAAUUCUGGCCUGGCUGAUCGGCGUGAUGGGAUGAGAGGAAAUUCUUUACGAAAGAAUGAGGAGUUGUUUUGGUUUUAAAUUUGUGCGCAAAACUUCUUCCACCAUGCGAUAGAUCACGGAUUAAAAACACAAAGUAUGUCUACCGUUGAUAAUGAUGGUUACGUUCUCAGACAACAAACAAGUCACAAUUCUUCAACCUAUGGACAUUUUCGGACUGUUUUUAUCUCAAGUGGUCUUAGCUGUUUGGUUACAGUUUUGAUAAUUUCGUUCCUAUUACGAAACACCGCGUUUGUUAACAUCUACAUCCCGAAUACCGCUGCGACCCAGACUAAUAAACAUGAACAGGAACGACGAUCGUAUGCUAAGAACGUCGAGCUAGUAAUGUUGCCUUUCGCUGUCAAACAAGGUGCAGUCUGCUUGGACGGAUCACCCCCCGGAUAUUACUUCAGACAAGGACGUGGCGCGGGGGCUAGUAACUGGAUUAUUCACUUCUUUGGUGGAGCGUGGUGUUUUGACGAGGAGUCCUGUCUUCAACGCAGUAAAACACGUUUGGGAUCAAGCAAUUUCUUCCCACCUCAUCCUCCAACACUGCAGGGAAUCCUCUCCGACAACGAUAAAACCAACCCGGAUUUCUACGAUUGGAAUGUAGUUUUGUUGUGUUAUUGCGAUGGAGCUUCCUUUACUGGUUAUCGGUCAGACCCAGUUAAUGUAAACGGACAAUAUAUUUAUAUGCGUGGUAAAAAAAUCCUAGAGGUGAUCAUUGAUCAAUUACUGCAAAGCGAAUUCAGAAAUGCAAAGCGCUUACUCCUCAGUGGGACUUCCGCCGGGAGUUUAGCAGUAACGAUGAACGCCGACUACGUCCGUAGUCGAAUUCCUAAAUCGAUAGAUGUUCGUGCACUGGUCGAUUCGGGUUACUUCGUUGAUGUAGCGGCACUGAGUGGUGAAAAUAUGAUCAACAAGCAUUUUAAGCAAAUGUUUGACGUGCAUAGCUCCGUUGGUGGCGUUGACGAAGAUUGUGCGAGAGGUUUUCAACCGUCGAUCCGUUGGAAAUGUUUGUUCCCCCAGCACGCUUUCAAUUUCUUAAGCACGCCUCUUUUCGUUCUUCAAUCGGCUUAUGAUGAGUGGCAACUAAUCCACAUUCGCGGAAUCAACUGCCAGGUUCCUGACUACAGCGAUAAUUUCACCACGAAACGAAGUCUUUUUCGCAGAUCUACAAAAGACGUUUCUCCGAGCAAGCCCAGCCCAGAUCGUAACUGGAACUACAAACACAUUCAUGGCAUUUAUUGUCGACCGCCGGAAUGCACACGCAACGAAAUGGCAGCAAUUAUGCAAUACAGGAAUGUGAGUCUGUAUGCACUGCGGCCAGUGCUGCGUUCACCAAACUCAGGAUUAUUUUUAAGCUCGUGUUUAGAACAUUCGCAGAGCUUGUAUGACGAUACUUGGACUGGAAUCUUUGUGAAUGGUUUUAGCGUGGCUGAGGCUGUUGGAAAUUGGAUGUUUGAGCGGACAACACAACAUCAACAUAUUGACUGUCCUUUCCCUUGCAAUCCGUCGUGUGCAAAUGUCUGGUGAAGCGACCAAUCAGAACAAAGUGAAAUAACACGGAGUCAAUGGUAACUCAAAGUAAAACAAACAACUAUUAGCGCGGGAAACGCAAGUUGUCAAGUCGCGAUUGGUUCUAGUUUUGAAUCUGAUUGUUUGUGACCGUUGCAACUGCGCGGGUUUUCUAGACCAAUAAAAAAGCGAAGUGAAGAAAAAGCAAGGCAAUCCCGUGUUACUUUCGAUAAUCCAUCGAAAAUUUACCCAAAAAUUAGUGAAAAAUAGAAAAAAGUUCUUGUACAGGUUACCAUAACAGUCAUUCAUGGGUUAGAGAGUAAGUUUACUCAAGAUAGAUAAUGACAACACACAUUUCAAUUUACACGCAAAGUACGCACAGAACAAACGUUCUGUAGUUCUAACUUUUGUGUGGCUCAAACAAUCCCUUUGACAAUCUUGAGUAUUACGCUUACAGUUUUACCCUUAUCAUUUUACCCUUUGAACUUUGAACUUUAUUUUUUAUUUAGACACGGUAAAUCUAUCAGAUAAAAUAAUAAUAUUACAAUCUAU